CACUGACCAUGUCUCCAGCGACGGGGAAGGCGGAGCCAGUUGCCACGGCGACUAAAGAGCAUCACAGUGGUUGGCUGGAGGAUCUGGAUGAGGAGGCAGAUGAGGAAGAUUUCCACCUGCUCUACAACAGUUACUCUGGAGACGAUCUGAUUUACUCUGACUGCAAGUCAGAUGAUGGGAUGGCAGAGACGCUGGAGGCGGAGCAUCUCUCUGAUCAGAGCUCUGGCUCCGAUCGGCCCCUCACUGCUUAUAAGAAAACAUCUGCAGAGAGAGACAAGGUGUCAUGGACACAUCAGGGGAAGGGUAAAGGGAGAGACAGACCCCCUGCUGGAGGGCUGGAGACAGAUAAAGGUGCUCUGUGUGUCGCAGUCACAGUGGGCAGCACUGACUACACUGAGGUCCCUCUGGACUCGCUGGACAUCUCUGCAGCGGACAGCCUCUCUCUGUCUCCACAUGCAGAUGGGAGCGAUGCAGAAACGGAGCGUCUGGAGGAGCUUCCUCUGUGCAGCUGCAGGAUGGAGGCGCCUCGUGUGGACGGAUUCAGUGCUCGCUCCAGCAGAACCUGCAUGGCCAUAGAGAGCAUCAAUGAAGAGCUGGUGGGCUGCACCAAUGUGAUCAUGAAGGGGGAGACGAUGCGUCCGUCCAGCCGCGUGUCUCUAAUGUUGUUGUGUGAGACGCACCGUUCACACAUGGUGAAACACCACUGCUGUCCGGGCUGCGGAUACUUCUGUCUUUCUGGAACGUUUCUUGAGUGUUGCCCGGACGUUCACAUUGCUCACCGCUUUCACCGGGGCUGUGUGUCAGUGCUGGGUGGUGGGCGGAGUCGAGGAGGAGUGGGCGUCGGCCUGCUGUUCUGCCCUCAUUGUGGUGAGGACGCAUCAGAGGCACGUGAGGUCACCAUCCCUCCUGCAGCGCCCUCUUCAGGCUCAAACGUGGUCACUGCAAGUGCGUCGUCCACCACAACCACACCCUCGCUACUUCCCUCCGCGCUCGCAGCCACAUCACUGGCGCUAAACAACGGGAAGAAGAUGGGCGAGCCGAUCAAUGCAAGGAUGCAUUGUCGUGGAGAUGUUAGAAAGGGGGCGGAGCUGCAGACUCAGCCAACCAAUGGCACUCCAGGAGGGGUAGAGGAUGUGGAUGUGGUCGCCCUGGGUGACAGUGGGGUGGACAGUGUGGGACCAUCGCUCGUCCUGCCCAAUGGGAAGCCCGUGUGUCCCAGCGCACUUCCACCUGGAGACAAGAGGGCGGUGCUACAGAGAGCCAUUCUCACACAGGACACCGAGAGGAGGAAGAAGCUGCGCUUUCAUCCCCGUCAGCUCUAUCCUGCAGCCAAACAGGGUGAAGCUCAGCGAGUUCUGCUCAUGCUCAUGGAGGGCAUCGACCCGUCGUAUCAGUCGGACUCUCAGAACAGACGCUGUGCUCUGCAUGCGGCCGCUCAGAGGGGUCUGCUGGAGGUCUGUUACCUGCUCAUACAGGCAGGUGCUAAGCUGGACGCCCAAGAUAAGACCCUGAGGACCCCUCUAUUGGAGGCCAUAGUGAACAAUCAUGUGGAGGUGGUGAAAUACCUGAUCCAGAGUGGAGCCUGUGUCUAUCAUGCAGAAGAGGAUGGAUCCACAGGCCUCCAUCACGCUGCCAAACUGGGAAAUCUGGAGGAGGUGCUGCUGUUACUGAGCACCGGACAGGUGGAUAUAAACGCACAGGAUAGCGGCGGCUGGACGCCCAUCAUCUGGGCGGCAGAACACAGACAUAUAGUCGUGAUCAGAGCUCUGCUCAACAGAGGAGCCGACGUCACACUCCGAGACAAAGAGAUGAAUGUUUGUCUGCACUGGGCCUCGUUCUCGGGCAGCGCUGAGAUAGCGGAGCUGAUCCUGAACGCUGGCUGUCCUCUGACCUCUGUUAAUCUGCACGGAGACACACCGCUGCACAUCGCCGCUCGCGAGGGCUUCAUCGACUGUGUCACGCUGUUUCUCUCUCGAGGCGCUGACUUUGACAUUAUGAAUAAGGAGGGCGACACGCCGCUCUCUCUCGCCCGCUGUGACACGCCCGUCUGGGUGGCACUACAGAUUAACAGGAAGUUGCGUAGAGGAAUCGCCAAUCGCAUUGUACGGACAGAGAGGAUCAUAUGCAGUGACGUGGCUCAGGGUUAUGAGAACGUUCCCAUCCCGUGUGUUAACGGCGUGGACGAUGAAGGCUGUCCGUCUGACUACAAAUACAUCGCAGAGAACUGUGAAACAUCCACCAUGAACAUCGACCGCAACAUCACACACCUGCAGCACUGCAGCUGUACAGACGACUGUUCCUCCAGUAACUGUCUCUGCGGACAGCUCAGCAUCCGCUGCUGGUACGACAAGGAUCAUCGCCUCCUUCAGCAGUUUAAUAAAAUCGAGCCUCCUCUGAUCUUCGAGUGCAACAUGGCCUGCUCCUGCCAUAAAACCUGCAAGAACCGAGUGGUUCAAGCUGGAAUCAAGGUGCGUCUGCAGCUCUACCGGACGGAGAAGAUGGGAUGGGGCGUCCGAGCGCUUCAGGACAUUCCUCAAGGAAGUUUCAUCUGCGAGUAUGUUGGCGAGCUGAUCUCUGACGCAGAAGCAGACGUGAGGGAGGAUGACUCGUACCUCUUUGACCUGGACAACAAGGAUGGUGAAGUGUACUGUAUCGACGCCCGUUAUUACGGUAACAUCAGCCGCUUUAUAAACCACCUGUGUGACCCCAACAUCAUCCCGGUGCGUGUGUUCAUGCUGCAUCAGGACCUGCGCUUCCCUCGCAUCGCCUUCUUCAGCUCCAGAGACAUUUUCACCGGACAGGAGCUCGGGUUUGAUUACGGCGAUCGUUUCUGGGACAUCAAGAGCAAGUACUUCACUUGUCAGUGCGGCUCAGAGAAAUGCAAACACUCGGCGGAGGCCAUCGCACUGGAGCAGAGCAGACUGGCCCGUCUGGACGUCUGUCCCGAAACGGCUGGAGAACACAGUCUCCCUGUGUUAGGACACUCGUGA